UGCAUAUAUACCGACGUAGGGUUCAUAGUUGUCAUUUGCACUCCUUUCUCUCCCCCAGACGAAUAAACCUUCUGGGGUUUUUCUUUGCUCUUCACGAUGAAACCAUGAACUCUCACGGAAAACACAAUCAAAUCUCGAAAAAUACCCCGAGAAUUCCACAAAACUCUCCUCUUCCUGUAUCUUCUCUCCAUUUACCAAUUCAAUCGUAUCUACAAAGUCUAGCUAGGGUUUUGUGUCGAAUGAAAUAGUUGAUAAUUGUAUUGUACUUAUUUGGCGGUAGAUUUUGAUUCGUGGUGGUUCGGAAAUUACAUUUGUGAAAGCAAGCGGUUUUGUAUAUUAUCGGCUAGAGAUGGACGGGGGGAAUCGAGUUGAUGAUCAGACAUUUAGGGCUAAUUUUACGGGCGAUGGAGUGGCGAAGUUGCGGGAGCGAGUUAAAGAGAAACUGAAGGACUUUAUGGGGGAAUACACUGACGACACUCUCGUGGAAUAUGUGAUUGUCUUGCUUAAAAAUGGUCGGCGCAAAGAAGAAGCAAGAAAUGAGUUGAAUGUCUUUUUGGGUGAUGACAGUGAUUCUUUCGUAUCUUGGUUGUGGGAUCAUCUAGGAUCAAAUUUGGGCCUGUAUGUGCAACCUAGGGAAUCUCAUCCAGAUGACGUGGCCAGACUGAAACCCAUGCCUGGGGAGCUGGUUGGUGGACAAGAUUCUCACCAUGUUGAUUUUGAAUCUGAAAUAGGAAAAUCUAAUACGUUAUCAAAAAGCCGUCACAAUAGAGAGUGGAAAGGGCUAGUGAGCGAUGCAGAUGAUCUUCGUCCUCUUAAGGGCUCUGAGACUGACAAUAUUCCUAAGGAGGAGAGUAUUGAUGGAAAAGUUGGUCAUGCUAAGCGAUCUAUUUCUCCACGACCAACUUUGUAUAAGAAAAGAAGUCGGCCAGAAGAACACCUAGAAGUGAAGAAGGAAGGUUCUCGGGCAACCAUUGGAGCCCCACGAAGGCUGCUGCAAUUUGCGGUACGAGAUGCAGUGACCACUUCAAGGCCAUCCAAUUUGCCUACAGAGCCUUCAUUGAAACGGUUACGCUCUGUAGUUUCUACUUCAACUAGGGAAUCACCCCUUGAAGACCGUCCUCAGAGGUUUCGGUCAGUUACGAGGGUGCCACAUGCCAUGGCAACUGCUAUUAAAGCUGUUGCAGAAGCUGCCAAAGAUGUUGUAAAAGUUAGAUCGUCUGGUAAUGUGUUUGAUAGGCUUGGUCGUGGUAUGGAUGUGUCAGAUGCCAACAGCCAACUAGCUGAAUUUAGAGAAGCUGCUGUUGAAGUUGGGGAAGGUGAAGAUUAUAGCCAAAUUAUUCGGGAGGAGCCACGCUCAACUUAUCUUCAGAGAAGUCACUAUAGUAGCCAAUAUGUCAGCAAUAUUACUGGGAUGGGAAGUGAUACUGCGAUGGCUUCUGAUUCUGCAUCUGAUAAUGAAGGAUAUGACAAAAUGGAAGCUAGGGAUUGUAGGGUUAUGGGUGUUCCUCUGACUGGCAUAUCUGAUGGAAACAAGGGCAAGGACUCGCUGAUGGUGCAGUACAGUGUAACUGAUAAUGCUGAUGAAAGUACUCGUACACUUCGGAGAGAUCAGGAUCCACCUGCUGCUGCGAAUAAUUCUCGCAAGAUAGUGAAUAUUUCCGUCAAUGUAAAUACUUGGAAACCACCUCACUUUCAGCAGACAAGGGAGGUCACAGAGAUGGAUAAUCGGAAAUCUGUACAAGAGAGUGAGGCACCCGCUGGCAAAUCUGGUGUGCAACUGGCGAAGGAGAAUAGCAACCAUGUGACGGCUGGUAAUGGAAAUGCAAAACCUCUGGCAGAAGCACAAAAGGUUCAAAAGACACUGCAAUCCGCUCCUGGUCCAUAUUCUACGGGCCGUCCUACAGAAGAUGCUGAUUCUCGGACCAUCUUUGUUAACAAUGUUCAUUUUGCUGCCACCAAGGAUAGCCUUUCUAGGCACUUCAACAAGUUUGGAGAAGUGCUGAAAGUGGUUAUCAUAACUGAUGCAGCAACAGGGCAACCAAAAGGGUCAGCUUAUAUAGAGUUCUUGAGAAAAGAAGCAGCAGAGCAUGCUUUGUCUCUGGAUGGCACCUCCUUUAUGUCGCGCAUUCUCAAGAUUGUGAGGAAAAGCUCAGCUCAUCAAGAAGCUGCUUCUGUUAUGAUGUGGCCUCCCAUUGCCCGGGGAUCCCCAUUUGCUGCUCCAAGAUUUGCCAGGGUUCCUUUCCCAAGAGGUAUCCCUAGUGUAUAUAGGGCACGCCUCCCGAUCAAACCUGGGGCAAGGAGCUUGCAGUGGAAGCGUGAUGCGCCGCCGUCCACACCAACUGAGAGCAGUGGUCUUGCAGCUAACAGCAUUCCAUCUCCCACUGCCCGUAGUCUCACUUAUGUCCGACCGGAAGCUAAAGCAUAUGGGAAUCCUGGUACUGCCUAGUUCAUGAAAUUAUCUUAUUCGGUGUUCCAAUCACAACCCUGUGAAAUUUUUAUUCAUUUUACGGAGAGCUUGGACCCAAAGAAUCGUGUUUUAUGACCAUAUUGAUUAGAGGUGACAUCAAUCAGGAGAGAAGGCAUGCAAGUGGAUGAUUGAAACGGGAUUUUUGCUGUUCGUACUUUAUUCUUCUUUAAUUCUCGUUCUAAAUAGUGUAGGGGGUGGGGGUGGUGGUAAAGGUACAUGGAAUGGAGGUAAAAUGGCGUUGUGUUGGUUCUUUUCUGGGGUUGAGUAUUCAGGACAAUAGACUGGCAGUUGAAAUCUGUGAAUAGGGGAUGUGGAUUGCUCCUUUUUUGUUCAGUCUUUCCUAUUGGUUUAUUAUUAGUAAAAAAAUUGGAAAAAAAAUAAGGAAAAAGGUGAAAAGAAAAAGACUACUAUCAUCUGCUAUAUGCAUUUAAAAUUGUUUAUUUUUUCUGUCUGUGUGAUAUACUUAUAUUGCCCAAUACUUGGUGAAUUAUGGAUCCUUAGCUAUUCUCUAUUAUAC